AUUGCUUUGAGUACGUGUGUAAAACUGAAACUGAAAGUAGGUCGACAGGAAUGUUUUUGAGUAUUAUAGUAAUAUUACUAAUUUAGUAUUUACUAUUUAGUAAUUUACAAUUAACCACAGAAUUCAAUGUCUGUUUUUGGAAGGAUUACCGAUUUAUUCAUAAUUCAGUUCAAGAAAAGUUCUGUCCAGUCAACUGCAGCUUGAUACUAGAGCAUGGAUCGUCCUUUCAGCGGUCAGUUGUUAUUGGUAGGGGAGGGGGAUUUUUCCCUUUCGAUGUCCCUCGUGUCUUACCUACCCAACACGCUGUGGGAGAAUAUCACAUCUACUAGCCUGGAGUCGGAGUCCAGCAUACUGAAGCACAAGAAUGCAUCAGAUAAUAUCGCAUGGCUAUCCCAGCGAGGUGUGAAGGUGUUUCUGAACACAGAUGCUACAUGCCUUGCCAGCCAGAAAGACUUGAUGAAAAACAAAUAUAGCAGAAUUAUCUUCAAUUUCCCUCAUGCUGGGGGCAAAUCAAAUCACAAGAAAAACCGCAAGCUUUUGAAGGACUUUUUCAGCAGUGCUGUUGAAGUGUUGAGUGAUGGUGGAGAAAUUUAUGUAUCUCUUUGUAAAGGACAAGGGGGAACUCCAGCUGAUAAGCCCCGCAGAAAAUGGAGUGACAGCUGGCAGAUUGUUGCCAUGGCAGCCUGUGCCAACCUAGUCCUAAAGGAAGUAGUUCCAUUCAAGGCUGAGAAACUCCCAGAGUAUUCAUCCACAGGUUUCAGGAGUCAAGACAAGGGAUUUAAUACAGAGGGAGCCCUCACCCAUAUCUUUGUUAGGACAGAAGCCAUUGACAUCCCGGAGGGCGACAUCAAAGUCCAUCAUGAGCUGUGGUGUCCACAAAACGACUACAUACGCCAGAAAAUUUCUAGAAACCUGCACAAGGAAGAUGGAAAUCCUCUAUGUUACCUCUCUCAAACACUGCAAAAAGAACUAAGUGAGAGCCUUACCUUCCAGUCGGUGGAGAUUGACAGAAUUUUGGCAGCAGACCCUGCAGUCAUGAAGAGAACAUGCUACCAUUGUAAGUCGGAUGAUUCUAUAGUGAAUGAACUGGCAGAGAAAUUAAAUUGUGGUUCAUCAAACCAGGAUGACAGUUUUCCUGGAGAAUUACUAACGGAUAAACUCAGUAUGUGUACUGUACAGAUGAUCGAACACCUUCCAAUCAGUUUGGAUUGUCUCCCAAUCAUGCACCAUAUCAUGGGGUGUGUUCCCGUAUCAUGUGAUAGAGAGAAAAUUGAAUGCAUUUGUAAAAAUCUAAGCAAAGUUGUAAGUGAUAUUUCAAAAGGAAUAUGUAAACUUCAGGUCAUUGACACACAGAUUCACUUAACAACAGAAACUGAAAAUAAGAAACUCUCUGAGAAAAUAGGACAUGUAUUUUCUCUUGACAAAUGUUGUACAAAAUAUGAUCUGUUUUCUUUGAAUUUGGACAAGUUAGCAGUGGCACUGUUCCAGCUACCAAAUAUCCGGAUACUGUGGUCACAUGAUGGUAUUGUUGUGGACAGUUUUAGGAGGAUGUUGAAGUCCGAUCCCCCUUUGAUUAUCCCCACAGUAAGUUUGUACCCCUUGGUUUUCCCUCAUGAUAUGAGUUUCUGGGAGAACCCCCAACUUCUGUUCAACGAACAGGAUUUUCUGUCUGUGAUUCGAGACAUUUGUGGAGAUUAUGUGGUGCAUGUAGAACUUCUGGACCGAUUCCACAGGGUAGAUCUGGACAAGGUCAGCAGGUGUUACCGCCUCCAGUUUCAGUCAUACGACAGAGCCAUGAGUUACAGUACUUCAUGGAAACUUCAGAGUUAUCUCAGGUUGUGCGUAGCAAGUGUUAUGAAAGUUGAACUCCGGUAAAACGACUCAGUGUAGGGAAGCAAACAACUGUUUAUGUGAUAUUGUGAUGCAGACAAAAAUGUAGGAAUUUGAUUGGUUUGGGUUAUGUCAUAUGGUGCCAGCCACUCUGUAUAUGUAUGAUGUCACAAUACAGUUGUAUGAAGACUAUAAACAAUAUGAAAGCUAGAAGAAAAUUGCAUCACAUAAUGAAUGUUAUGGUGCUUACUACAAUGUGUCAGAAAUAUUGUAACAUGAAUACUAAAUAAAAUAACAUCUCAGGAGUUAUCGACUUAUAUUGCAUUUAUACAAAUUAAUAAAAUUGAUUGAUUGAU